AUGGAAGCAUUUGUGGGAAUUCUCAUCCAUACUUUGAAUUCCAUGAUCCAGAAGGAGCGUGGAUUGCUUUGUGGUGUUGCAACUGACAUGGAAAAGCUUUCAGGCUUGCUUUCCACCAUCAAGGCAGUGCUUGAAGAUGCUGAGCAGAAGCAAUUCACAAACAAGGCAAUACAACUCUGGUUUCAGAAGCUCAAUGGUGUUGCCUAUGAAAUCGAUGAUGUGUUGGAUGAUUACGCAGUUGAAGCCUCAAGAGUCAAGUACAAAAAUUAUGGUUGUUUUAGUUUGAUGUGUUACCCUGUAGCAGGAAACUUAGUGAUUCGUCACAAGAUUGGGACAAGGAUGAAGGAGAUCCUUGAAAAAUUUAACGCAAUAACUGAUGAGCGAAUAAAGCUUGGUUUGAGUGAUCAGAAGCGUGGGAGCAACCACUUUCAGGUUGAUUCCACUGCAACACAUGAGACUGGUUCCUUGCUAAAGGAACCUGAUCUAGUCCUUGGAAGGGACGAGGAGAAAGACAAGAUUGUGAAAAUAUUGGUGAAUCAAUUCAGAGAUAACGAAAAUGUAUCAGUGCUCCCUAUAGUUGGUGUUGGAGGCCUUGGAAAGACAACACUUGCCCAAUUGGUGUUCAAUGAUGAGCGCAUAGCCAAGCAUUUUGAGCUAAAACUCUGGGUUUGGGUUUCAGAGGAUUUUGAUGUGAAGAGGAUAAUAAAAGCCUUAAUUGAGUCUGCGAAAGGGACUUCUGCUGAAGCUUCAGACUUGGAUCCUCUCCAAAGAAAGCUUCAAGAGUUGUUGAGAGGGAAAAGAUACUUGAUUGUACUGGAUGAUGUCUGGAAUGAGAAUUCACAGGAAUGGGAGGAUUUGAAAUCUGUUCUAGCAUAUGGAUCAAGUGGUAGUUCAAUUGCGGUGACAACUCGCAAGCAAAAAGUUGCGGAAAUAAUGCACCCAUUAGAUACACAUUAUCUAUCGAGUUUGUCAGACGAUCAGUGUUGGUCACUGUUCAGGCAACAGGCAUUUGAUUGUCAGGAGAAGGAAGAAAUACUUGAAGCAGUUGGAAAAGAGAUUGUAAAAAAGUGUGGCGGUGUUCCACUAGCUGCAAAGGCUCUUGGAGGCUUUCUACGAUUUAAGUCGGAAGCGGAAUGGAACUCUGUGAAAUGUAGUGAGCUUUGGAACUUACCUGAAGGUGAAACACGUAUCUUGCCCGCAUUGAGAUUGAGCUACCUUAAUCUUCCGGUAGAGUUGAGAGGUUGCUUUGCAUAUUGUGCUGUAUUUCCCAAGGGCUCUGAAAUUGAAAAACAAGAGGUAAUACAUUUGUGGAUGGCAAAUGGAUUGAUUACUUCUAAUGGAACGAUGGAAGUGGAAGAUGUUGGUGAUGCUGUGCUGACUGAACUACAUUAUAGAUCUCUGUUCCAAGCUGUGAGGAAAGAUAAAUUUGGCCAUGUUCUCACUUUUGAGAUGCAUGACCUUAUCCAUGAUCUGGCUCAAUCCGUAAUGAAGGCUAAACACGGUGGAACAGAGUCAAACAGAACCAUGAUGUUGGACAUGCCAGAUGAUCAGCUAACAGUGGCUUUUCCUAUUACAAGAAUGAGAGGCACUGACCAGUUUUCUUCUUUCUUGUCAAAAUGUGGUUCCUUGAGGGCUCUCAUUGUAUGCUCACCAUGGCGGGGAGAAAAGUUUACAGAGCUUCCACCCGCAGUAAGCAAACUGAAACAUUUAAGGAAUGUAAAUCUUUCAAGAUCCCACAUUGUUGAACUACCCAAUUCAAUUUGUGACUUGUGGAAUUUGCAAAUUUUAAACCUAAAUAACUGUGUCAAACUUAGGAGCCUGCCCAAAGGCAUGAGAUUCCUCAGAAAUCUUCGACAUCUUUGUCUACGGCGGUGUGAGAGUUUGACUCACUUGCCAAGUGGAAUUGGGAAGUUGACUUGCCUGCGGACGUUGAGUAUGGUCGUCCUGGGUGGCAAAAAAAGCUUCCAACUAAGUGAGCUGCGAGACUUAAAUAUGCUUGGAGGAGAGCUAACAAUUAGGCACCUUGAGAGGAUUGAAAACAAAAAGGAUGCAGAAGAAGCUUGCUUAAUUCAAAAACAGAGUCUCCGCAAGUUGUAUUUGGAAUGGGAUCCCGAAAGAACGCUUCAACGGUACAAUGAUGAGGAAGUGCUUGAAGCCCUCAAACCCUGCCCCAACCUUCAAUUGCUUUAUAUGGAAGGCUUCAAAGGUUCAUCAUCAUUUCCAUCUUGGAUUUCAACUGUAACAGAAGUUGAGGUGUACAAAAGUGCAGCGGAGUACAUAGUUGGGGCCCAGGAGAGUACUGCCACCACUGCUGCAAUGUCCCCAUCGUUGAAACAACUGAAGUUAGAGAACAUGCCCAACCUAAAAGGAAUGUUAGGAAGAGGAGUCCAAGGUACUCUCGGGGUAUUCUCUCGACUUGAAUCCUUGUCUUUUCGCCGUUGCCCAACGUUGACAUUGCCAUUGCCACGUAUGCCAUCCCUAAAGCAGUUAGAUGUCCAGGACUGCCCGAACAUGGCAUGGGCUUCAAUCUCCAAUCUCACUAGUCUUAACUCCCUUAUAAUUGACAACAUUAAAGGAUUGAGUUGUUUUCCAGAAGAGAUGCUACAAAAUCUUAGCCUUCUUGAAUCACUGAAUAUUGUGGAUAUACAUAAUCUGCGAGCCUUACCCAGAAGCUUGGCUAGCCUCACGGCUUUGAAGAGUUUGGGGAUUGCGUUCUGUCCCGAGCUGGAGUCUCUGCCAGAAGAAGGAUUGCAAGGCCUUGCCUCUUUGCAGGAACUCGAUAUCGAGAAAUGCUAUAAUUUGGUGAGUCUCUCAGUGGGGACUAAAGCCCUCAAAUCCCUGACUCAUCUAAGCAUCGACGGGUCAAAUGUGACAGCUCUGCCAGAGGAAGUCAAACAUUUUCCCGCACUACAAGAACUGGUGCUGGAUGAUUUUCGUAAUCUAACUUCAUUGCCAGACUGGUUUGGAGGCGGCCACCUGACUUCUCUUCAACACCUGACACUAUACAAUUGUCCGAAGCUUGAAAGACUUCCAUCCAGCAUUCAAAUGAUGAAGACACUCCAAAGUUUGACUAUAUAUGACUGCUACCUACUGGGACCACGGUGUGAAGAGGGAGGAGAGGAAUGGCACAAAAUUAAGCACAUCCCGAAUCUGGAAAUUGAUGGCAGAAUAUUAAGCACAUCCCAGACCUGA